UAAUUAUAAGUCUCAUGAAUUUAGUUAACAUUUCCUCAUUACACUGUUUUCGAUAGUAUUGAAUUUAAACACCCUGUAACAAAUUAAAAAUGGUAUUAAAAGGUAAUUUCAGCAAUACAAACAAAGACUUUAAAAUUAGCAUGAUAUAGAAAAAGAUAUGAAAUAAUAAUAAUCGCUAUCAGUUAUUAAUGGCAAUGACACGCAGUAUUGAAUACCUCUGUUACGAUGUCGAUGUAACCCGGCACAUUCACUGACGCUACGAUGUUUGUUGCUCAAUACAAUUACAGCACACAAAAAGACUCUAGAGUAUUGAAAAGUGAUGAUCGCUGUUGAUGAUUCUCCAACAAUAAUGACUACUGUUUAAACAAAGACAUUUGGCUGUGAACUGGAGGGGCAUCAAUAACGUGCGCUAUUAAUGGUCUUAAAGCGAUGUUUAGAAAAAAUAAAUAAAAGGAAUUUCCUCGGAGGGAAGUGGCAAUGAGAUGUGUAUACAUGACUCCAGGGUCUAUAAUUUCCACGAAAGUGUAGUCAUUGGCAUCUGAAGGACCCUUCUGUCGUUUCUUUUUCUGAGUUGCACAUUAUCCUUGGGAUCUUGAAGAAUGGCAGGAACUCUACAGAUGCGAUGUCAGGAUUCGGACAGUCAUAAUGAGUCGUUCCAGAGACUCGUGGCCACGAUGAGCGCGGAAUCUCCAUGUUCCUCUUACGAGACAGACCAGGGUAGUACCUCCACAUUAAGACCCCGUCUCUUGCCCCGGAAGCGGAAGCCUACGUGCUUUCGGAAGAUGGUACGCUACAUUGCCAAAAAGUACCUUACUUCUGAGAGUGACCGCCAGUACUAUGCAGAUAGAUACACGUGUUGUCCCCCGCCAUUGUUUGUACCAACGGUUACUUUAGCAGAGAUUGGACUAUUUACCUAUCACUGCCUGGACGCUGGUUCUAUCUCUGCUAACGGACCGAUUCCUGUUGAAAGCGUUCUGAUCUUUAGGCCCGACAAAAGAAUUCAAUUAUGGCGCUUUGUUUCAUACACUCUCAUCCAUGCAGGGUGGGUUCAUCUUUUUUUCAACAUGCUGGUGCAGAUCCUUGUGGGACUUCCGUUAGAGAUGGUCCAUGGGUCGGGAAGAAUAAUGAUCGUGUAUAUUUCAGGGGUGCUGGCAGGAUCACUAGGGACCUCCGUGUUCGAUAUGAAGGCGUACUUAGCGGGGGCCUCAGGAGGGGUCUACUCGCUACUGGCGGCUCAUCUCGCCAACAUCAUGCUGAAUUACUCUGAAAUGGAAUUUGGUCUCUUAAAGUUGAGUGCUGUUUUGAUUAUCGCCAGCGCUGACGUCGGGUUCGCCGUUUGGGACAGACUGUUGGAGCGGGACCUCCUUCCCCAAAUAAGUUACACGGCCCACUUGAUGGGGUCUUUGGCGGGGCUCACCAUGGGGCUUCUGGUGCUUAAAAACUUUGAUCAGAAACUUUACAAACAGUGCGCGUGGUGGAUCGCGUUCGCGGUGUAUGCUGGCUGCACGGCAUUUGCUGUUUGCUGGAACGUUUUCUAUUUCUGACCUUACUUGUUAUUGAUUUGUUAUUUGUUUAUUGUUUUUUAUUCAAAAGUUGGUUAACUAUUUUAUUUAAAUAUUCAUUACUCUCCCAAAAAAAAAAAAAAAAAAAAAAAAAAAUCCGGAGAGGGUUACAUUAUUGCAGCUAUGUCAUAUCG